GUCAUGAGCGGGCACGUCGGAGAUCUGAGCCCCAAGCAGGAGGAGGCGCUGGCCAAGUUCCGUGAGAAUGUCCAAGAUGUCAUCCCGGGACUGCCUGCCCAAGAUGACUACUACCUCUUGAAAUGGCUCCGAGCCAGAUGUUUCGAUCUCCAGAAAUCUGAAGCCAUGCUCCGGAAGCAUGUCGCAUUCCGGAAGCACAUGGAUAGUGAGCAUAUCCUCGAAUGGGAAUGUCCAGAGGUUGUUGACAAAUAUAUGACUGGGGGACAAUGUGGUUAUGACCGGAGUGGUUGCCCUAUCUGGUAUGAGAUCAUCGGACCUCUCGAUUGCAAAGGGAUCCUUUUCUCAGCUUCUAAGCAAGAUUUGCUCAAGAAAAAGUUCAGGGAUUGUGAGAAUAUACGGAAAUUGUGUGACCACCAGACAGAGAUGCUUGGGAAGAAGAUUGAAACAGUCACGAUGAUUUAUGAUUUCGAGGGGCUAGGCCUGAAGCACCUCUGGAAGCCGGCCGUAGAAGCCUAUGGAGAACUUCUUGCCAUGUUUGAAGAGAAUUAUCCUGAGUCCCUGAGACGUAUUUUUGUUGUUAAAGCUCCCCGGCUCUUCCCUGUAGCUUACAAUCUGGUGAAACACUUACUGAGUGAAGAUACUCGCAAGAAGAUCGUAAUCCUGGGAUCCAACUGGAAGGAGGUUUUACAAAAACACAUUGACCCUGACCAGAUCCCUGUCGAAUAUGGAGGAACUCUCACUGACCCAGAUGGGAACCCCAAAUGUAAGACCAAGCUAAAUUAUGGCGGAGAGGUCCCCAAGAAGUACUAUGUACGAGACCAGCUGAAACAGCAGUACGAUCACACAGUGAUGGUGAACAGAGGAUCCUCCCAUCAGGUGGAAUAUGAGAUCCUUUUUCCAAGAUGUGUCCUUAGGUGGCAUUUCAUGUCAGAUGGGGCUGACAUAGGCUUUGGAAUCUACUUGAAAACCAAAUCUGGAGCCCGGCAGCACGCUGGUGACAUGACUGAGGUAUAUCCCAACCAGCGCUACAAUGCCCACAUGGUGCCUGAAGAUAGUUCCCUCACCUGCGCAGAUGCUGGUGUUUAUGUCCUGCGAUUUGACAACACGUACAGCUACAUCCAUGCCAAGAAAAUCAGCUACACGGUGGAGGUAUUACUACCGGACAAGAAAUCCGAAGAGGAUUUCGAGCAGCUGGAAGACCAGACGAAGGAGUUGAAAAUUAACCAUGCCUGA